AUGACUGCCGGUCCAGCUAGUUUAAUUGGUAAAAAAUAUCCUUCUAAGAAGCAUGCUGAGAAGGUGUUUUCCUAUUUGAACAGUAAGAGUCCUGAAAAAGCGAAAAAAGCCAAUUUUUUCAUUUCUGGAGAAGAUUUGGAAUUGUACAAGUACUGCGACCAAACCAAACCGUUUAGACAAAAUAGGUAUUUUUUUUAUUUAUCUGGGUGCAAUAUUCCAGGUGCACAUGUAUUAUACAAAAGCGAAGAAAAUCAAUUGAUACUUUUCCUUCCUGAUGUCGACAAGGAAGAUAUUAUGUGGUCUGGUUUACCUUUAUCCAAGGAAGAUGCAGAAAAAAAGUUUGAUGCUGAUGAAAUAAAAUUCGUUGCCGACAUUAAGGAAGAGUUGCUGAAACUCAAGACAAAAGCGUUGACCACUGACUUGAACAACUUCAAUAAAGAGUUUUGGCUGUUUUUGGUUGAAAAGGAUAGUGAUUUUUUUUAUGCUUUAGAUGAAGCUCGUGCGUUUAAGGACGAUUAUGAAAUCGAGUUGAUGAAGCAUGCUGCCAAAAUUACUGACAAUUGCCAUUUGGCAGUCAUGUCUGCCGUGCCCAUUGAAACCAAUGAGAUGCACAUACACGCGGAGUUCGCGUACCACGCUUUACGCCAAGGCUCUAAAAAUCAAGCUUACGAUCCAAUAUGUUGCAGCGGUGAAACGUGCUCCACGUUGCACUGGGUGAAAAACGAUGGUGAAAUCACCGAGGACAAAAGGUCUAUUUUAAUUGACGCUGGGGCAGAGUGGGACUGUUAUUCCAGUGAUGUGACCAGGUGUUUUCCCGUGAAUGGAGAUUGGACAAAAGAACACUUGGAGAUAUACAAUUUGGUUCUCAAAAUGCAGGAGGAAACAUACAAGUUGAUGAAACCUGGUGCGAACUGGGAGGAUCUUCACUUUAAAGCACACAGAGUGUUAAUUGAGGGAUUUCUCGAAUUGGGGAUUUUCAAAAAGGAGUAUAACGUCGAGGAAAUUUUCAAUGCUAAAGUUAGCGCUAUGUUUUUCCCACACGGACUAGGUCACAUGCUAGGUUUGGAUACUCAUGAUACUGCUGGAUACGCCAACUACUCAGAUCCAGAUCCGUUUUUGCGCUUUUUGAGAAUAAGGAGGAAACUUGAACCAAACAUGGUUGUUACCAACGAACCAGGUUGCUAUUUCUCUCCAUUCUUGUUGGAAGAGACAUUGAACAACCCUGAAACUUCGAAAUACAUAGAUAGAACCGUUUUGGAUAAAUACUGGUACAUUGGUGGUGUUAGAAUCGAGGACGAUGUUUUGAUCACAAAAGAUGGACACGAGGUCUAUACAAAGAUCACAAAGGACCCAAAAGAGAUUAGUGACAUUGUCAAAGCUGGUAUUCAAAAGGGAAAACUGGCAUUUCACACUGUAGUAUAG